AUGUCGACCAUUCCAAAUUUCGUUCUUAAUAAUGGGAUGAAAAUUCCCGCGCUCGGGUGUAAUUAUCAAGCAUCAUUUGUUGGAACUUAUAAAAUGAGAAAAUGUGAAGUAAUUGAUGAAUCUAUAAAAUGCGCCGUCAAAUCUGGAUACAGACUUAUCGAUUCAGCAAUUGGAUAUAAAAAUGAGGAUUCAAUUGGCAAAGCUAUCAGAGAAUUGAUUGACGAUCCUUCAUUGGGUCUUAAACGCGAAGAUUUUUUUAUUUCAACCAAACUUCCUCCAAAUGAUCAGGGAUAUGAUUGCUGUUUAAAAGCAUUUUCAUGUUCGUUGAAACGAUGGAAAUUUGAUUAUCUUGACCUAUUUUUAAUUCAUUGGCCCGGGUCACAUAGAUUGAAACCUUCGGAUCCCAAGCAUGCAGAAAAUCGUAAAGGAAGUUGGAAAGCUUUAGAAAAAUUAUACGCGGAGGGAAAGGUUCGAUCUAUAGGAAUAAGCAAUUACACACAUCUACAUCUUACCGAACUGUUAUCAUAUUGUACAGUAGUGCCACAGGUGUUGCAAUUUGAAUUACAUCCACUUUUAUAUCAAAAAGAUAUAAUUGAAUUAUGUAAAAAGCAUAAUAUUAAAGUACAAGCUUAUUCAAGUUUGGGGGAAGGAAAGUUGGUGAAUGGGGAAAUCGAUCUUCCUAUUUUAAAAGAAAUUGCCGAUAAAAAUGGGGUCACACCCGCACAAGUUUUAUUAAGAUGGGGAUAUCAGCAUGAUGCUAUCGUUAUACCAAAGUCCAUAACACCAGAACGAAUAAGUCAAAAUGCGAAUAUAUUUCAUUUUGAAUUGACAGAACAAGAUAUGGAAUCUCUUGAUUCCUUGAGUGAAACGCAACGAAGUCGAUUCUGUUGGGAUCCCACCAAUAUAUGUUGA